AUGAAAAUCUUUUCAAUCAGUCGAAUUUCUGUCUCUUGGAGAAAUUCAUCAAUCCCGGUAAGAUUCUUCAAGAUCUGAUGUUUCUUUUCUCCUCGUUCAUUUAACAGUCAGUCUGCCAUUUGUGAAUACGAAUUGUCAGUUUUCAUUUCUUCAUGUCUCACUUUCCUCCGGAACUGUUCUUCUCACCACAUAAAACCUUUGGACCACUCAGUUAUAAGAUAUUUUCGUCACCUCAUAAGUACGCCCAGGGCAAGGGAAUCGUACAAUACCUAGGACUUUUCUUGAAACCUUUAAAGGGCGAUACCGCAGUAGUGGUCUGCUCGCCAUCUAGACAGAAUAGCAUAGGCCGUAUGAUAGAAGAAUCUCUCGUGAAAUAUGGUGCUGCGAAGCAAGUUGUAUUCGUUAACUUUGGAGGAGAAUGUUCGUGGGAAGAACUUGAACACGUAAAUAAGCAACUCAAAGGAAAAGUUAACGGAAAACCAGCAUUUGUUGUGGCUGUUGGUGGUGGAAAAGCGGUUGAUCUUGUUCGUGCUUUAGCCCAUCAGUUGAAUGUCCAAUUAGCUGUGGUUCCUACCUUGGCUAGUAACGAUGCGCCAUGUGCGGCGUGUUCAGUUUUCUAUAAGCCUGAUGGAAAAUUCGAUGAAUACGUGUAUUAUCCUACAGACCCUUAUUGUGUCAUCGUGGACUCAGAAAUUAUUGCAAAGGCUCCCAAGAGAUUUCUUGUGAGCGGAAUGGGAGACGCCAUGUCGACUUAUUAUGAAGCAGACGCUUGUAUGCGAGCGUCUCAUGGUAUCAAUCCUGUAGGAGGUAGACCCACUGAGGCAGCUGUUGCACUAGCAAAAUUAUGCCGCGACCUUUUGUUUGAUUAUGGUGUUCAAGCAGUUAAGGACAUCGAUAGAGGUGAAGUUACGGAAGCAAUAGAGAAAGUCAUCGAAGCCAACACCCUUCUUAGUGGUUUGGGCUUUGAAAGCGGAGGUUUAGCUGCAGCACACGCAAUUCACAACGGAUUGACCGCACACGAAGGCUGCCAUGAAUAUAUUCAUGGCGAGAAAGUAGCGUUCAGUACUAUUGUUCAACUUUGCAUGGAGAAAAAACUUGAGGAAGCCAAGAAAGUUGCCAAAUUCUUUUUUCAAGUAGGUCUUCCUGUCUGUCUUUCUGAUCUUGGAAUCAGCGCAUCGGACUUGCAGGGCAUAGAGCUUGUGAGUGAGCGCUCUUGUGCUUCGGGUGAGUCCAUCUAUAAUAUGCCAUUUAAGGUUACACCCUAUAUGGUGCGAGAAAAUAUCUUAUCAGCUGAUAAAAUCGGAGUAUUUGUUAAAGGUCAAUAAACGUGCUCUAAAUCUGUUUUUGGUACGAAACAGUUGAAAUAACAAUUUCUCUCAGACAAAUCUCAAUUUCAGUUUCUUCUCUACAAUACACUUCGUUGCUAAGUUAAGGUU